AUGGAGCGACUCAGUGCAGACGGAAGCCUGUCCCACGAUUCAGCCAUCGGCACACCACAAAAAAUGGACUCUUCUCGAGUAUCAGACACCGUUCCUUCAGCAUUUCCUCCAUUAGCAGCACCGUCUACGCCCACGAACAGCAGCGUGCCUUCAGUACCUUCAAACGUAUCUUAUAUCACAGCACCUGAAUCACCAACUUCACGUAGUCGACAGACUGUUGAAGAAAACAACGUAGUACACAGAGUCCUCAGUCUACCCAGAGGAAGACGGACACCAUCACUAAGGAAUGCGCCAGAUUUGCGGUGGAAUCUAUCACAACCACCAAGGCUAAGUUUGGAUGAGCCGGGGAGUGUGGUGUCAGAAGACGAUGUGCCCGUUGAUAGGAGGGAGAACCAAAGAGCGAGGCUUAUUCCUUUGGUAGAGGGCCCAAGUCCUGCUGGAGAACGUCCGUGUUCUGACGAGGAGCGUCCGAUAACCCCUCUACUUCCCCCGACUCCAACUAGACAGGACGCUGCUCACGUCAACUUCUCCCGCCCCAACCCAGUCAGAAUCCGAGACGCAUUCGCUGAGUGUCAACCCCACCGUCUUAGUCCCCUCGACGAGUCCACAGACUUGCGUCCACGACGGUACCCGGGAGAAGGCGAAGGCCAUCCCGCCUACUCUCCACAGCCAUCCUACGGCUCCAUUUCCUCUCGGGUUACAUACAGCGGUGAAGACGAAGAUCCGUCGUUGAGCACAGCGCAGCUUGUCUCCGUGCAGAGGGUGACGCCCGAGGACACGGGGCGAGACGAGGAGGCUAUUGCAAACAGGCAGCUUGAGCCUCUCUUCGCGAGAACACCGCCGUUUGAGACACCAGAAGAGGAGAUGAUGCAUUUCUAUAGACGGCUGCGGCAGAGGGCCAACAAGCAAACCGCAUGGGAACGAAGACAUCCUUAUCGACAUGGGAUGAGAAAAGUAUGGCGCAAGGUCAAGGAUUUCUUUAAUUUUUGA